AUGGCGCCCUCACACUCGUUUACACUAUACUUGUCGCUCGCUUUAUCCUGCCUCAGUCCACUCGUUUCAGCUGCGCCAUGGAUAGUAACGAAAGAUUAUCAGGAGACAGUUAACACCGUAACUUACGUUUACGGCGAUGAGUCGGCUGUCAACACCGUAAUCGAACAAAUCACCCCAACUGCAACUCUCCCCGCUGAAGCCUUGUCCACCAUCACAUCGACCGAUACACUUUACAGCUAUACCGUAAUCGAGAAGCUCUACCCAACCGGAUAUGGCUCCUCCGUCCCUGUUGGCAACAAUUACGGCUACUCCGCCGACAGUGACGGCAACAUCCACAGCACAAUCUACAAAGUGAACCUAGUCUACACUGCGCCAACAGGCUGCUCAACCAAAUGGACCUCAACAGUCGCGGCUGAAGUCACACCUCCGUAUGAAAUCCGCAACGCGCUUCCUCACGAGACAGGAGCCGCCUCCACCUCCGUCGACGACACCUUACCUUUCCAACCAACAACAUACUUCUUCGACGUUUUCUACGUCGACUCAACCCAACUCCCAAGCUACACCCUUUCUUCACUAAGUUACUACAACGCCCCGACCUCCGUCGCUGGCAAUGCAGCAUGCCAGUAUACAUCCUCGAGCGAGAGUUCCAGCGAGGGUACCAGCUCCGGCUAUUAUGGUAACGGAUAUUAUGGCAAUGGCUAUUACUACGACGACGAAAACUGGUUCACAAGCAAGUGGGGUUUAGGCGCUGGAAUCUCCGGUCUGGCAAUAACACUCAUCUGCGUCCUGGGCUGGAUUGGCCUGUUCCUGAUUUUCGGCUUCAUCGAAGCCUGGGUUCGAUUCCGCCGUCUGAUGACUGGCUGGCAAACCCGUCGCGGACUCCCGCUUUUCUGGUGUUUCCUUAUCUUCCCUAUUACGCUGUUCUUCCUCUUCUGUUUCCGGAAGGGGUUCCGUGCGCGCAGUCGUGAGGAUGCCGAGGUCCUGCAGAAGAGGUGGGAGGCUAUGCCUUUCGGGACGAAGCUGAAGCUGUACUUCCUUUGGGGAUUCCGCUUUAAGUAUCCGCCUGUUCUUGGUCCUGCGCCUGCUAGGGUGCAGGGCAGUAAGAAGCCUAAGGAGUCCGGUCCUCGUCUUUUGGACGCUUCUCCACCUGGCUCUUCUGCUGGGUCUGGCGCUGAGAGGGGUCUUGCUGGUGUUCCUGAAGUUGGGGAGGUGCAGGGUCAGCACGGUGGUGCUGUUCCUCAGGCACAUGGUGCUACUCCUAAUGUUGAGGCUUCGGGUGCCAUUCCUGCACAAAGAGAUGAGGAGAUUGGUCAUGCUCGAUGA